UCUUCCGGUGAUGCUGUUGGUAUUUUUUCUCCUCACCAGUUACGGUUCCGUAAUGACGACGGAGAUAACGACUAAUUUCAAAGAUAAAUCGGCGACUUCCGUUGGGCGUGCCAUCUACAGCUACGAAGAUUGGUACAAUGAGUUCGGGUUUCCGCAGCAAUUUUUCUGGGGUCGCUGGGUGAUGUUCAAGGUGGCACUGUUUUUUAUGCUAGCUUUUUUGAAAAUUUUCCUGCUGCUCGGAAUUUGGACCCCGAAAAAGGACGAACUGGAGGAACUUCCAACCCUGUAUCAGUACGACGGCCAACAUUAUGGGUAUUCCUCAUGGCAACCUUACGGUUAAAAGAUAUGUUUUCUGUAAC